AGUGCUGCAGACCAAGAGAUGCGAUGCUAAUUGUGUGAGCCCAAGUGUCAUCACAUGCAGCAUUUAUCAUUACUUCAUCAGAUUGUUUUAUAGAUUUAUUUUCACUUCAUUAAAUGUUUGAUUGCACAACUCAUGUCAAAGGCAAAUUGAUGGUUCUCUGAAUUGUUUGUUUCUUAUACUAUACAUUUAGGGAUUAUGGUACUUGGUAUGAUCUGUUAUUUUAUUGUCAUUUUGGGAUUAAUUUCUUAUUUGGCACGUGUCUUUCCCUGAUCCAAAAUUAACUUACUUACAAACCUUUGUCAUGGGAUAAAAUUACUUAAUAUUGUUUCUUCAGUUAAUCUCUUAUAAAAGCUUCAAAUUUUAGUUUCUUGCUUCUGUAAUUCCUUGUACUUUGGUGUUUUUUUCUUUCUUUUUUCUUUUUCUGUAUUUGCAUAUGGCAAGGGUAAGAAAAGCACAAUGCAUAAGUUAGAGCAUGACCAUCAUUCUGGUUGGCUUCGGAAAUUGAAUAUUCCAAGAUUUAGUGGAGGCCCUGGUUGUGUAGUUCAUAAUUUCACCCUAUAAAGUGUUUGAAAUUUUUAAUUUUUUUGCACUUUUAUCAUAUUGGAACCUUGGAAGGUGCUGGCUAAGAUAGCAAAUGAGCUUGUUCCUUGCAUUAUCAUCCAUUGGAGAAAGAUUUACUUUUGGUAGGUGAAAGCAAAAAAUCAUGAAAAAAAUCACCAAGGACCUGGCCCCAGAGCGCAAAAUGCAGAGACGGACGGGUUGGUCAGGCACAUGUUUGAUGCAUUGGAUUACAUUUACUGAAAGCAUUCUCGUCUUGCUUGUACAUCCAUGUGAACUGCAACAAGCUGUCUGUUUCUCCAGCUUACAGUAACCAAGGAAACCCACCACAUGGCAAAUCAUCCAAAUGAGUAGCUAGAGCAACGAAAGACUCCUUGAUGCAGAUAAUGCCACUUUACCCGUCACAUUUGUCCCUUGUGGGUGGGGAAAUUUUCUAAACUCUUGUCAUCGGAUAUUACAACUUUUCUUGUCUAUAAAACAUCGCUGUAUUUUUUGGCAUUUCUUGUUUGACCUAACAGGCAAUAAAGAUUGGAUUGGAAGAGAUACGAGAGCCUUCUCUCUUUCUUUCAGCAUUUUCAGGGAAAAAAAAGUUAAUCGAGCUCUUUUAUGUCCUAAUCUGUGGUAGAAAUAAUAAGUAAAGAAGAGCAUAAGACGGGAGAAAUGGGUAUUCUCAGAAACUCCCAAAAGCCUCCCGGAAAAAAUUCUACCUCCCUUCAGCUCCGCUUUGAUGUGGAGCCCGACAAUAGCAAUGGGUCUGAGAUUUUCAGUCCCAAAAGUGGCAAGCAGUCUGCCUUCGAAUCUGAAUACGGAGAAAUCUUGUCUAUCAUAUCUGACUGUCGCUCUAUUUUUACUUUCACUGAUCCUUUGGAGUCACCCUCGAAGCGGGAUCUUAAGCGAUUAAAGCUUUUCCAGCUCCUUUCUUUCGUGAAAAAACCCAUAAAGCCACUACCUGAAGAAAUUACACGCCCAGUUGUGUCCAUGCUAUCGGCCAACCUUUUCAGGCCUCUCCCUCCAUCUGCCAAACAAGCCGUCAUCUGCGAAUUACCUGAGUAUGAAGACCUUGUUUCCACUCUCUCGCCUGCUUGGCCACACCUGCAAGUUGCUUAUGAUAUUCUGCUUCGACUAGUCCUCAAUACUGAUCCCAAAAUUCUCCGUUGUUAUGUUGAUGAACCUUUUCUCGUCAACCUUCUGUCCCUCUUUCAGUCUGAAAACCCGAGAGAACGCGAAAGUCUGAAGAACGUUUACCACCGGAUAUAUUCCAGGUUCACUUUUUACAGGGCAUUCAUGAGGAAAUCGAUGAACCAUGUCUUCUUGCAUUAUGUUUUCGAGACAGAGAAGCAUUCUGGGAUCGGUGAGCUGCUUGAAAUAUGGGGAAGCAUCAUCAAUGGUUUUGCUGUCCCACUAAAAGAGGAGCACAAGCUGUUCUUGAUGAGAGUGCUUAUCCCUUUGCACAAGGGCAAGGGGAUGCAACUCUACCACAGGCAACUGGCGUAUUGUAUUAAUCAAUUUGUGCAGAAGGAACCAAUGCUUGGUGGGGUGGUUGUCAGAGGGAUCUUAAAGUAUUGGCCUGCUACAAAUUGUCAGAAAGAGGUUGUACUCAUUGGUGAAUUGGAGGAAUUGGUAGAGAAUAUCGAUCCCGGUCACUAUAGAAAGUUAGCUUUGCCUAUAUGUGCCCAAAUUUCAAGAUGCAUGAAUAGUUUAAACUCACAGGUCGCGGAGCGUGCACUAUACGUGUGGAACAACGAGCAAUUUGUGAAGAUGGCAUCAUCAAUGAUGGAAGAGGUGUUUCCUGUGGUUGUAGAGAGCGUGGAAAAGAACCUGAAAUGGCACUGGAGCGGGAGUGUUAAACAACUGACAGAAAAUGUGAAGACAAUGAUAGAAGAAACGGAUCCAAAUUUAUAUGACAGUUGCCUGGAAGAAAUGGCCCACAAAGAGUACUUAGCUGGCCUGGAAGAUAUCAAAAGGAAAGAAAAAUGGGAGAGAUUAGAAUUGGCAGCAGCCAAAAAUCAUCAGUUCUUUCCAGCCACAACAGUGUCUACGUCUCUCACGUUAUUGAGCAAAUAAGCUGACUCCUUGUAUUCAGAAAUGUUCUAUACUUCACAGAAAGUUACUAAACAACAAGUACCUGCUGA